AUGAAGCUUGUUUACGCCCUCACUCUUUCCUUCCUCCUCUUUGUUUUCAUCACCAAUCUUUCUCUAGUUUUCUCAUGUGACGAUGUUGAGGAAGUACUUGACGUAGACGGUGAACCCGUUAUCGCAGGUAAAGAAUACUACAUCAUCCCUCCGUUUAGUAGCAUCGGCACUGGUGGUGGAUUACAACUAGAAAAAAUCAGUAAUUCCAACUGUAGAGUUACUAUCCUACAAAGUUCCUUAGCAUCUACCUUUGGAACAACUUUUAAAGUUACCAAUUUAAAAAACAGUUCUGAAAAAAUCCUCACAAGUACGCCACUUGAGAUUGAAGCUUCUGAGAAGCCUCAUUGCACUGAUUCAUCAAAAUGGAUAGUGUUUGUUGAUAACGAUAUUAAAAAAGAUUGUGUUGGUAUUGGUGGUUCUGGAAACUAUCAUAAUUCGAAAAUAGUUGAUGGCACAUUUAGUAUUUUGAAACAUGGAGAUGGAUAUCGAUUUGGAUUUUGCUCUGAUGGAUCUGGUGCUUGUUUUGACAUUGGGAGUUAUGAACGUACCGAUGAUGUUGAAGCUGGAAACCGUUUGUAUUUGGCUCAACAAAAGUCAAAAGACGCUUUUCAAUUUGUUUUUUUUCCUAAUUUCUUUGAAACAGGAAUAAUUAAGUCUGUUGCGUGA